GCACAGCCGCGCCUCCCGCCACCCCAUUGACAGCAAUGCAGCGCCUGCACCGGGGGCUGGGCCGCGGGUCAAACGGCGCAUGCUCGGGAGUGGGCCCAGGCCACCGCCUCGGUGCUGGCGUUGCUGUGUGUCCGCGGGUGCGGGAGAGGAGAGCCUCUCGGCAGGACAAGUGUGGUCUGCAAAGUAGAAGAGGCCGUCUGGGAGAAGCGGGCAGCCAUAAACCGACUUUGACGGGACUCUGAGACCUGUGGAGCUGUAAUGAGUCCUUGGAGAUCCAACUAGGAUGGCAGAAGAGACCAGGCAUGCAAGGGUGAUUUUUGGCCAGGUGGUUAUCGGGCCACCUGGCUCAGGGAAGACCACGUACUGUGCAGGGAUGCAAGAGUUUCUUUCUAAGCUAGGUCGCAAUGUUGCAGUGGUGAACCUUGACCCUGCUAAUGACCUCAUUCCUUACCAAUGUUGUGUGGACAUUGCGGAACUGGUGAAACUUGAUGAUGUUAUGGAUGGUCUUGGGCUGGGCCCCAAUGGAGGACUUAUUUACUGCAUGGAAUACUUGGAGACAAACCUGGAUUGGCUGCAGGACAAGAUGGAACAGUUCAAAGACUAUUAUUUCCUAUUUGAUUGUCCUGGUCAGGUGGAACUGUAUACUCACAAUUGUUCCAUGAGAAACAUCUUUACACAAUUAACCAGAUGGAAUGUCAGGUUAACAGCUGUUCACUUGGUGGAUUCUCAUUACUGCACUGAUCCAGCAAAGUUCAUCUCUGUUCUCUGCACAUCCUUGUCCACAAUGCUGCAUGUGGAGCUGCCUCAUGUUAAUGUCCUCUCCAAAAUGGAUCUUAUUGAAAAGUUUGGGAAACUAGCAUUUAAUCUGGAAUAUUACACUGAGGUACUCGAUUUGUCUUACCUGCUGGAUCACUUGGCCAAAGACCCAUUCUUCAAAAACUUUCGACGAUUAAACAAGAAGCUUAUAGAAGUCAUUCAAGAUUACAGUCUGGUCUCCUUUAUCCCUCUUAAUGUGCAGGAUAAAGAAACAAUGAAGCACGUAAUGAAGGCUGUUGACAAAGCGAAUGGAUAUUGUUUUGGGAACUCAGAGCAGAGAACUUUGGAGGCCAUGAUGUCUGCAGCAGUGGGAGCAGAUUUCUAUUUCACCAAGUCCAUGGAUGCCCAGGAGAAAUACACAAGAUCAGUUGAAGAGGAUGUGGAGGAGGAGGUGAGGCAGCUUUCCGUCCAUAUGCAAAAUUCCACACAAUGAGUGCAGUGGAGGCUACACCUGCUGUAAUGAGAGACUGGCUGAGAUGAUAUCUCACAGCAUACUUGCUGCUUCCAGGUGUGGCAGUUGUUCUUGUUUUCAGCUUUGCUAUAAUUGGGCCUUGGGAUCACCUGCCAAUCCAAUUUUAGCCAAUCCUGCACCAGACAGCAUGUUUUUUUUAAAAGAUCUUUUUGUGAAUUUGAUCCUUUUAUUGUCCCUUUUUCUUCCAAUGUAUCUAAUAAAGAUAUUUAGUUUCAGUA